CUUCCGGCUGGGUAUGCCCGGGCACUUCCGGUGUCCCGGCGCUGUGGCUUGGGGCUGAUCUGCUCGGCCCCGACUGGCUGGGUCCGUCCUUUUUGGAACAGAAGUGGAAAUUUUCUCAGAUUCUUUUACUGCUAAAAUCAUCACUACAUAAGAUGCAUCCAGACCUGUCUCCUCACCUGCACACUGAAGAAUGUAACCUCAUUAUCAAUCUGCUCAAGAAGUGUCACAAGGAGCACAAUGUUCUGAGGUUUUUUGGCUAUUGCAAUGAUAUCGACCGUGAGAUGCGGAAGUGCUUAAAGAAAGAGCUAUUACACUGUAAUGACUUCUUGAAGGCUAUGUUUCUUCACCUGAAAAUCUGGCUACACUGCUAUUCUAUUACUAUGAAGUCUCUGUUCAAAAGUCCUGUGAGAAGCUGUUCACAGUAUGAAGAAAAAAGGGCCAGGAACAAGGAGUUGCGUCGGAAAAUAAUUAAUGCUCACAAAAACUUGGAGAAGUGAGCUGUACCAUACAUGGACAAUUGCAUCUCAAUAGGGACACUCACUUGAGAAUUGACAGAAUAUCUCUUUCAAGUUGCCAAUAUUCAACCUGUGGUUUGUGAAACAGUGGAAAAAUAAAUGUACCUAAAACAUACUAAUUUCCAGAAACAUAAACUGAAUGUGGGAAAAAUAAACUGAUUGCUCACAAGUUAAUUUUUGGCCUCGAAAAGGCACCUGUUGUGACAACUCUUCAUUCUGUUAUAAUUUUGUUAUGACUAUUAAGUAAUGAUGUAUCAAAUAUCAAUGUGUGUGGAGUAUUAUGCAUUCAAAGCUGCAGCAUUCCCAAUCCUGUGUUGAGUAGCAUUUAUUCCUUCACAGUUAGUAGUUUCUCUUUCAUCUUUUUUUCCUCACAAAAUGCUGAAUGAUUUAUCACAACACUGUGAAGAGUGAAUGAAAACAUUGUUUAAAUAGAUUACUAUAAAUGAAUUUCAAACCAAUGUGGCUUGAAAUUGAAGAUGGCCUAUCAAGCAAUUAGUGGAGCUCUAGUAUUUUUGCUGAAGCCAAAAUGACGAAAUGACCAUUUUCCAUUGAGAGCAUUAAGAAUUCCUCCUGCCAACUGUAAGCACAGAAUAGACUGCCGUAAGUUAACUUGUUUAUCAUACGUGAUGCAGAUUGCUUUAGAAACUCAGAAUGGAACUUUUUCAGGGAUUCUAAAGCACUGCCAUGAUUUAUGCUGAGUACAGUCAGAGUCUGCUGAGCGCUGCCAAAAAUACAAGCUAAGUUGUUCAUCUACGUACGCUCGUACAAAGGGGGCGUCAAGUCAUGAUUACUGCUGUUGGAGAAAAACUCAGGUUAGAAAAUGCAUCUUGUCUUUCAGUUGCUCAAAUCAAUGAGCAGUGUGCUAGUCAAGCUGCCUCGUUAGCUACAAGUGUUGUUCAUUUGCUGUCUAACUGCAGAAAGUUCUGAACGUGUUUCUGAAUGCCAAGAAUUUCAUGAGGAUGCUGUGUUGGUUUAUGCAGCAGUGGAGCUGCUUUGUUGAAUGUCUCUUAGAUUUCCCUUUUGUUUUUUUUUAAUGACUUUUCUGUUUUGCUUAGCAAAAAGACUCCUUAAAGUAAAUUUUAUUGAGCUAAAUAUAAAUGAAUCUCUUGAAGCUUUUUGAGGAAAGAGUGUCUGCUGUCAAUGAAUGCAGCAGUCUGUGUAUCAAUGCUAGUUCUUGUAACAGUCUUACAUUUAGUUCUUGCAUCUGUUUUGGAACAAAGCUGUAUUUUGGAAGAUUAGUUAGAUGUAUUUGACUUGUUUUUCAAUACAUGGAUGGACCCAGUAGUGUUGGUAAAGCUUGACUGCAAAGGUAUCCAUGUAGAAGGGGAGAGUUCCAAGAAAAACUGAAACUAUUACUGCAGUAUGUUUUGAUGUGCUCUCUACUUUCUUAGGAUAAAUAAAUGGUAUGUUAUGUAAAUUAAAUGCUCUAGUGGUUGGAAAUGGUGCAGUUGGUGUUAUAAGGAUGCUUUUGAAGAGGACUUCAUAGUGGAGUUCCCAGAAUGGGAACUUUGAAUCUUUGACCCUUCCUUUUGUGAGGACAAAACAUCUUAAGUAAGAUCUGGUGUUGCCUGGAACCUAUAAAUAGAGAACUGUCUUAAAGAUUAGGUUGAGAGGCUAAUACCUGAGUGUAAAAGCACCGAUGCUUUCUUUUAUUCUUUUACCAGAUUCUGUGGUUCCAGAUCUUUCACUAAAUAGCAAUAAAAUAAGAACUGAAGAGAUGUAUAACAUUGUGAGUAUGCAGUCGUACUUCCAAGGAUCAGUGCAUUUAACAAAUGAAAGCCCAAGUGUUGUGCACUGUUCAUGACUUUAUUUUCUCUUGCUGGGAGAUCAAAUGCUGACAUCUCUUCCUUCAGAAGAGCCUGCUGAACAGCAUAAUGUACGUACGAAAGAGCAGGGCUAGCUCUUGCUCUAGUGUUAAACUCUGACUGUGAAGAUCAUUGUACUGGUGCUCAAUUCUACUAGGAAUAGCUUGGAACAUUAGUUACCUGUCAGGGGAAAUUAACAUGAGUUAUACUGCAGUGAGUGCUCAGUGGCUAGCUAGCUGUAAAUUAACUCAGCACACCCUUCAUCUGCAGCGCGUGCUCUGGUGCAGCAUAGCUUGCCGUGCCUCACAAAUGUAAUACUGGAGCAAAAGCAGCACCUAUUGCUUAAGUGUUUGUAGCUCCAUGCUGUUACAGAGAUAAAAAUUCAGUGCAUCACUGUCUACCUUCAUCCAGUUGAACAGUUGUCUUUCUCCCAGCUGAUAAACUGGGUAUUCAUACAGUUAGGGUAACCGUUCCCAAACAGCAAUGAAUGGACUUCUAC